AUGGCAGUGACGGCGGUCCUGGGAGUCAGGCCGAUGAGCCCGGCUCUUAUCCUGAGCGCCACGUCGAUGGUCGUCGCGUGCACCUGCCUGGGACUGCUGCUAGCGCACGUGGCGCAGAUCCACAGACUGCGCGCGGAGCUGCGGGAGGUGAAGGUGCGCGUGGGACGGGAAACGGACGCGGGUCUCUGCGGGACGGCGGCAGAGGUUCCGGCUCCCUACGGUGGCCCGGAGGCUCCAGACCGCGGUGCGGUGCGGAUGCGGAGGGCGAUGCAGCGGGAGGCGCAGAGGCGCAGACAGCGACAGCUGGUGAAAAGGCGGCGCACUCUCCUGCACCUCUUGCCCCUGUCCUCCCACUCCUACGAUGAAGAGGACGAGACGUUGCUGAAAUGGACUGCCGGACACAGCCAAGGGGAGGGGCUAAAGUUGUCGGGGGAGACGGUCAACGUGUCAACGGCAGGGUUCUACUUCAUCUACAGUCAAGUCCUGUAUGUGGACACCACGUAUGUCAUGGGUCAUGUGAUCAGGAAGCAUUUUGAUGGCGAGACGAACAUUCUGAAGUGCCUGAUGAGCAUGCCUGCAAAUAAGACCCUGGCACACAGCACCUGCUAUACUGCAGGUGGUCAGUACCUGGAGUCGGGUUCUGUUGUGGAGCUUGUGAUUCCCCGUAAGGACGCAGAGAUCAGCCUGCUGCCCCACGCCACCUUUAUGGGCUUCUACAAACUCUGAGCACUGACUCAACACAGCUGAACACUGACUCAACACCACUGAACACCAACUCAACAUCGACUCAACUUCAACCCAACACAGACUCAACAACGCUGAACACCGACUCAACAUCGACUCAACUUCGACCUAACACAGACUCAACACCGACUCAACACCACUGAACACCAACUCAACAUUGACUCAACUUCGACCCAACACCGACUCAACACCGCUGAACACGACUCAACUUUGACCUAACCGACUCAACACUGCUGAACACUGACUCAACAUUGACCCAACAUCGACUGAACUUCGACCCAACACAGACUCAACAUCGACCCAACACCGACCCAACACCGACUCAACUUCAACCCAACACAGACUCUACACCGCUGAACACCAAGUCAACAUUGACCCAAUAUCGACUCAACUUUGACCAAACACAGACUCAACAUCGACCCAACACCGACCCAACACCGACUCAACUUCAACCCAACACAGACUCUACACCGCUGAACACCAAGUCAGCAUUGACCCAAUAUCGACUCAACUUUGACCCAACACAGACUCAACAUCGACCCAACACCGACUCAAUUUCGACCCAACACCAUUGAAGCAUCAUUGACUCGACACUUACUCAAAUCUCAGCCACUGUUCUCCGCUGUGAAUCCCAGAGGAGGAUGUUCCGUGGCUCUGUACGUCGAGGACGUGCAGCUGUAAUCAACAACAUAAAAAAUAAGUUAAUUAGUUAAAAAAAGGUAAUUCGAUUUUUCUAAAUUGUUAGGGGCAGAGACUUGCUUAAUGAAGCAGAAAUUGUUGGUUUCCCUUCACACCUCCACAAAUCACAACAAGCCUUUCUGUCGCGGCCUGUAGUGUAGUGGUUAGGGCACGUGACUGGGACCAGGCAAGGUUGGUGGUUCAAUCCCCGAUAUAGCCACGAUAAGAUGCGCUUCAGCAAGGCCAUUAACACCACAUUGCUGCAGGGGGAUUGUCCCUAGUUUAUAUGUAUAUGUACAUAUAUGUACACACUAAUCAACUGUAAGUCACUUUAGAUAAACGCGUCAGCUAAAUAACAUGUCAUGGAAUGUAGUGGAAAGCAAAGGGCUGAUAACUGGUAGGUUAACUGGUCCAGUUAAAACAGUGACAUCAUUCCUAAUAAUGGAAUGAACUCAGCCCAUUGGACCACUGCAGGCUGGUUAUGACAGCCUCUCUACCUAACACACGCACGCACACACACACACACGCACACACACACACACACACGCAUGCACACAUUACAGAACUGCCAAUCGACAGAACACAUACACAGACAGGACUGGCAAACACACACAUAAUACUGCCUGCCAAAAGUAUUCUUAUCUUUAUAGAGUUAAGCGAUUAUAACUGCGCAUUGUUAUGCUAAAAGGACGUUAUAAGUAUUGACACCACAGUUUCCACGAUUCCCACAUAUUCAGGGAUGUCUUAAGCCAUGUAGCUGCUUACUGUCAGUAUCUUGAUAUUAAAGAAAAUGUAUUUACUUCAAGAAAAUAUGGACAGUGGUUGCAGACAAUAUUAUCAUGUACAUUUGACUGGAGGGUUGGUGGUUCAAGACCCAGUGUGGCUACAAUCAGAUAUGUGCAGCCAUUGGGCCCUUGAGAACGGCCCUUAUACCCACACUGCUCCAGGGGGGAUUAUCCCCUGCUUAGUCUAAUCAACUGUAAAUCACUUUGAAUAAAAGCUUCAGAUAAAUAACAAAUUAUGAUUACUAUUAACAAAUUAAGUACGUGGUUCAAUCAGUUGAAGUCCCAAAUACUUAAUACUACUGUGUGCAACCACUGUCUGCAAUUAUGUGUGUAUAUGUAUGUAUAUGUAACAUUUUGAGUGUAUAUGUAUGUAUAUGUAACAUUUUGAGUGUAUAUGUACGUAUAUGUAACAUGUUCAGUGUAUAUGUAUGUAUAUGUAACAUGUUCAGUGUAUAUGUACGUAUAUAACCUGUAUGUAGCGUGCAUAUACAUGCACACAGAUCUAAAUCUGUAAUGUGUACCUUUUCAGAAAGUGUUGAUGUGCAUGUGUUGACAGAGAUGACACAGUGUAUGAGGAUAUUUAAUGCUCUAUCUUAGUGUGUGUGUGUGAGCUCAUGAGAUUAUGGGUGUGUAUUAUGUAUGUGUGUGUGUGUGUGUGUGUGUGUGAGUGUGUGCACAGGAAUCUGUCUAGUAGCGAUGUGGUUGUAUGUUCUGUAAAUUCCUCUCUACUUACUUUAUUAAAAAAGCAGAUGUGUCACUCAAA